AUGGCAAUACUACAUCCCACGUCACGCGAUGGCGGCAUCAAGUACCAUAUCACUUUUGACGUGGUCGCACGGCUCUCAGAUCGCCACGAGGUCGAGAGCUCCCCAUGGAGUGCUCUCGUCAUGUUCGAGCUUAACGCCAUCGACCUUGCGGCAUUUAUGCAGCGGGCUCCCGGACACGGCGACUAUUACGACGACGCCAGCCCCGUCCUGACCUGGAGACUGCGCGAGUUCCCCGACAGCCCGGCCGCCGAAUCCCGUUGGACCGGACGUAUUAUCCUCUCUGCAACUCCGGGUCAGACGCUAUCCGAGUUCGGCCAAGGCGAGGUAAUGAGAGGGAACAUUACGAUGGCACGUGUCGAGAGCGCCUUCGGCAGAACGGUUUUUUGUUUCGACCCAGAAGGCUCGGUGGUUAUGAUUGUCGGCCUGCGAUGCUACGAAAGUUUGGAGGGCUAA